UCUCCCCCUCCAGCCCUCUCCUCCCUAUGAGGGCCUCCUCCUUUCCAUCUCCCCUCCCUCAGCAGCAUCUCCCAGUGUCACCUUCCCUCCCUCGCUCCCCUCUCUCUCCCUCCUCCCCCUCAUCUUUCCCGCAACCCAACACUCCCAACGGUCAGAGCAGAGUCCCCCCCGCUGUGGUCUCCCUGCCCGCCAGCUACAAGGCAGCACCAAGCAUCCUUCCAAAGCCCAUCCUGAAGAAGGCUGUGGCUCCGCGGCCCUCUUCCUCUCGCUCCACUGAUGAUGACAUCCAGGGCUCCAAAGACGCCCUCAUCCAGGAUCUGGAGAAGAAGCUGCGCUCCAAGGAGGCCAGAAGGAGAGGCAGCCAGAAACUGUCCUAUGAGGAGCGUAUGGCUCGGAGGCUGCUUGGUCCAGACAACGCCAACUACACGUUUGACCAAGACAGUCUCUCAGACUCACAACUCGACCAGCCAGAAGCACCAGAAGGAAGACACACAGGAGGAUUAUGGGGGAGGCGCCACACAGGGACGGAUGAGAGGGGGAAUGAGGGCUCAGCUAUCCAGGAGAAGUCGUACGCUCCUCGCUUCCUGCAGAUCCCUCCAGACCUCACUGUGGAGGAGGGGCGCUUCUGUAGGAUCGACUUCAAGGUGGGAGGCCUCCCUACUCCAGACGUGUGCUGGUACCUGGACGGUAAAGCCAUUCGCCCGGACGACUACCACAAGAUGUUGGUGUGUGAGAAAGGGAUGCACUCCUUCAUCAUAGAGAUCGUCACCGUGCACCACGCCGGGGUGUACGAGUGUGAGGCCAGGAACCGAGCGGGGGAGAGCAGAUUCACCAUGAGGCUCGAUGUAUUAGCCCAGGAGGCUCUCCGCGCCCCCACCUUUGUCCAGAAGAUGUUGAACUCCAGAGUUCUGGAGGGAGACACCGUGAGGUUAGAGUGCAAAGUGGAUGCUUCCCCCCCUCCACAGCUCCACUGGAAGAAAGAUAAAGACAUGCUGCGGAUCGACCCAAACAGAAUGAGUCUGUAUGAGGACGGGUCGGGCCGGCAGUGCUUGUUGAUAGAGAGGCUGAUGAAGUCUGACGCCGGCUGGUACACCCUCUCUGCCAUCAACGAAGCCGGCAUGUCCACAUGCAACGCCAGGCUGGACGUCGGCAGUAAGUCCUCCCUGCGUUCCUCUUUCUGUGCAAACUUGCUCCUAAAGGCCCAUCUCAGCUCUGGGGAGGAGUCCACCUUCCUCAGCUUCCUGAAAGGAGACCUGAUCCUGUUGGACCAGGACAGUGGAGAGCAGGUCCUCAACUCUGGUUGGGCUCACGGUGUCAACGGACGGACCAAUCAGAAAGGAGAUUUCCCAGCUGACUGUGUCUAUGUCCUGCCAUGUAUGACCCGACCGCAGCAGGAAAUAGUGGCGCUGGUAACCAUGACACCGGACCAGCGACAGGAGUCAGUUCGGGUCUCACAGAUCCUCAUGCCGGAGAGCGACGACAGAAUGAAACCCUACACACUGGAGGAGUUCUCCUACGACUACUUCAGGCCCCCUCCCAAACACACCCUGAGCAGGGUGAUGGUCACCAAGAAUCGGGGGAAGGACAAGAUGUGGAGCUGCACCAGAGAGCCUCUGAAGCUGCCGCUGCUGAAGAAGGUGGUGAACCACGAGGAGCUGGCCCAGGACGCCUGUAUGGCCUUCAUAGCUAUGAUGAAGUACAUGGGCGACUACCCGUCCAAACGCUCGCGCUCCGUCAACGAGCUGACAGACCAGAUCUUUGAGGGGGCGCUGAAGGCGGAGCCUCUGAAGGACGAGAUCUACUGUCAGAUCAUCAAACAGCUCACCGACAACCACGUCAAGUGAG